GGUUAGGUUAGUGGGCUAUAUAAACUAAACGCCGAUGUGAUUCAUACUCCGAUUGUAACCCCCGCCGUACGAGAAGUUUGAUUUCAAAGCAUUCAAGUAGUAUAUCUAGACUGUUAAGAUCUUUAUAGAUCAAGCCACAAGUUAACUUACUUUCUCAACCUUACGUCUCCAAGCUAAUAUUAACAUACUUGAUUAAAAACAUGCCUCCUCCAAAGGGGACUCCUAACCCUCUAGAGGGACCAGGCGACUAUGAUGUGACCUCCGUGGUGCACAACGACACAUAUCCCGCGAUCGAUUCUGCUCAGGCAAACUUGAGCGGUAAGGCGGUCCUUAUCACUGGUGCUUCCAAAGGCUUAGGUAGAGCGAUCUCUGUCUCGUUUGCCAAGGCCGGAGCGUCAAUGAUCGCAAUCGGGGCCAGGUCCGAUCUUUCAGCUACAAUCGAUGAGAUUAAAGCAGCGGUUGAGAAGGUGGGAAAACCGGAACCGACAAUCUUAGCUCUUAAGCUAGAUGUAGCUGACCCCAAGAGCGUCGAUGAUGCAGCUGCCCAAGUUAAGAAGAGCUUUGGGCGCAUGGAUAUCGUUAUUAAUAACGCUGGCAUCUUUGAUAUAGCCAAAAUCCUAGAUACCGACCCCGAAAAGUGGUGGAAUAUAUGGAGAGUGAACGUUAUGGGUCCAUACAACACCGCACGCUCCUUUAUUCCACUGCUAUUGGAGGGGAGCAACAAGACGAUAAUCACAUUAAGUAGUGUUGGCGCUCAUUUGGUAGGGCCGGGACUCAGCGCAUACCAACCCUCUAAGCUAGCAGUACUCCGGCUUUCCGAAUUCAUCUCGGCGGAAUAUGGAGACCAGGGCAUAGUCGCGUACUGCAUACAUCCGGGAAAUAUUGCAACAGAUAUGGUUGCUGGUGUUCAGGAUCCGGAGAUAAGGAAAGUAUGGGUCGAGACUCCGGAGUUAAGCGGGGAUUCUUUGGUGUAUCUAGCAUCGGAGAGACGGGAUUGGCUGGCAGGCAGAUAUAUCAAUGUCACUUGGGACCUUCCGGAAUUGAUGGAGAAGAAAGACGAGAUUGUUAAAGGCGAUAAGUUGAAAGUGCGGUUAGUUAUAUAAAUUGUGUACCUAAGAUAGCGGAUACCGGAAAGACGGCACGGCACCAUUUCCGAUAUUAAAUUGAUUCAAGUCACAACUACCAAUUGUUUCUCUACAUUAGGGGCUUUGCUGAUCUCAGCUGAACUUGUCAACCCUCGAUUU